CCCGUGCAGUCCACCUGACGACAACUGAUGCGCGAAUCAGCCCUGGCGGGACAGAUCUUCAGGGCAGAAUCUGGGGCAGGGACGUGUCCAGAGAACGAUACUUGUCCAAGUCUUCAAGCUUCGGUUCUGAAGCCACCAAAGACUGCACUAUUCGGUCACCAGCUCCGUUUCAUCCAUUUCGAAGUUGAUUUCUGCGGCAAGAUUUGGGAGAGCGUCAAUUUCUGACCGGCAUUGACGGAUGCGAGCAUUUCGAUGGAUGAUCAGCGCAUCGGAAGAUGCGAGGUCUGCCUUGACGGAUAUUGCAUGGAGGAAGGCGGAGGUGGACGUUGAUUUCUCAGGCUCUUUGGAGUACACCAGAGCUUCUUUGAAGUCAGACUACGGUUCAGUCGUCUUACAGGCAGAUUGGAUGGAGCUAUAGCCCAAGAUGCC